AUGAAAGAGGUUGAAUUAUUGUUGAACAGAUGCGUAAGCACCUCUAGCGCAUCACGCACCAUAGGGGCAGGAGGCGCAGUUCAAUACCUCGAUCACGAAGGGGUCAAAGUCGGAUGCUCUACAGAAGAUGGAAACCACAUCAAAGCAAAAUCUGUGGUGGACGGGGGAACCUACACAUCAUUCGCAGAGGCAUCGUCAGACCCCCCUAAAGAGGAUGACGUUCUCUCAGAGGUGGCCACCCACUGCCACUGUACAUUGGAGGAGCUAGAAGACGUAUAUGCAUGCACCGCGCUCCAGGAAGGCAUGAUGGCCGCCACCGUCAAGGACCCAAGUGCGUAUACAGUGGAAUAUGAGUUUCACCUUGCGCCAGGGAUUGAUGCCAAACGACUGCGGGAUGCAUGGGACCGGACCUCUCAAGCCAACCCGAUUCUUCGAACACGAAUUGUCCCCACCAGCCAGCGCGGCGUAAUGCAGGCGGUGGUGAAAGGGCUGGUCCCUUGGCACGAGGAGUCCGACGAUGAUGGGAUGCCCAAUAUGACGAGCAGUGUGGCCUGGAGGGCGGGUGCGCCUCUGGUCUACUUAACCCUCCAUCUUACGAAGCAUAGUUUGACCAUGAUGAUCCAUCAUUCAAUCUGCGACGACUGGUCCAUUGCACUGUUACUGCGUCAGGUGGAUGAGGCCUACAGAGGCCAAGAAUUGGUUCACCGUCCGUUUCGACCGCUGGUUGAAUAUGUACAGUCUACACGAACACAAGCGGAAGCAUUUUGGGAAGAGGAGUUCCGAGAUGCGCACAGGGCAUCCAUGACUUCAUUCCCUCAUCUUCCAACAGCCGGGUAUGUUUCUCGACCAACGCGCCAGCUAGAGAAGACAUUCGAUAUCCAACCGAGCUCCCGUGCUGGGUUUACGGUCAACACUAAGCUACGCCUAGCAUGGGCAGUGUUGCAGUAUCUCUAUACGGGAUCCGACGAUACCCUGUUUGGCACCGUCAACGCCGGUCGCGGGGUGUCGGUCCCUGGAGUCCAAGAACUGAGCGGACCCGCCGUCGCAACGGUCCCGGUUCGCGUCCGCUUAUGCAAGAGUCACACUGUAGCUGAGGCUCUCGCUGCUGUACAGGAGCAAUGGGCGGCCAUGAUGCAAUUUGAACAGGUUGGGUUGCAGAAUCUACUUCAUCUUGGUCCGGGCCCUAAGGCUGCCUGUCAGUUCCAAACGUUGCUGUCCGUGGAACCGCGCGACGGCCAUCAACUACCCGCUUUAUUUUCGAAACAUCAAUCAACACAGAGGAACUACGACCUGUACGCAUUGGUUCUUCGGUGUCGGCCUUCUAGCAACGCUAUGUGGAUCGAGGCGCGUUUCGAUCCCGGGGUCAUAGAUUCUCGGCAAACUGAGCGAAUUCUUUCUCAACUUGCCCAUAUCUACGAGCAGAUCGACGAGGAGUCUGACCUGCUUCUUUCAGAGCUUGAUCCAGUAAGCCGAGAGGAUCGAGAGGAGCUUAUGCGCCGGAAUAUGCCCUCCGUCACCCACACUGCCCCCCCGCGUGUGCAUGAGCUCAUCCGCCAGCGCACAGAUCAGCAGCUUCUGGCACCUGCAAUCAGCAGCUGGGACGGCGAACUCUCAUACCAGAGCUUGGAUAUAAUAUCAUCUGCACUGGCUGUUCGGCUAUCGCAGUACUCAGUGGCUCGUGGCAUGUUUGUCCCAUUGUGUCUAGGGAAGUCAAAAUGGACAGCAGUGACCAUGCUCGCAGUGAUGAAAGCCGGGGCUGCAUUUGUAUUACUAGAUCCAUCAUAUCCGGUUUCUCGACUGCGAACCAUGUGUGAAACACUCAGAGCGAAUGUCAUUGUGACUUCGAAUGCUCAUGCCUCUGUGGCCUCUCAUCUGGGAGUCACAACGAAUCUCAAUAUCGAUGGGCUCGAUUUGAAGCAGAACGGCAGUGACCCUGUUCCCAUACCCACAAUUUCUCCCUUUGACCCUGUUUACGCUACAUUCACUUCAGGGUCCACUGGUAAUCCCAAAUGUGUCAUUGUCACCCACGCCGGUUAUGCAUCCAGUGCCUUGGCACAUGGAGAGCCAUACCACUUUACACCACAGUCGCGCAUCUUGCAAUUCGCAUCACCAGCUUUUGAUUCAUGCAUCAUUGAGCACCUGUCUACUCUGAUCAUGGGAGGUUGCGUGUGCGUUCCUUCAGCUGCAGACUGUCAAAGCCGACUUACGGAAGUGAUGAAUGAAUUCGCAGUGGAUGUGGCUUGCCUGACACCGACCGUUACACGAAUUCUCUCCCCAAGCCGCAUGGAUACUCUCAAGGUCCUGGUAUUCGUCGGAGAAUCCGUGUUGGCAAGUGACGUGGCCCGCUGGGACUCGCACGUUCAGGUCCGCAAUGCAUACGGCCCAGCUGAAUGUUCAGCGGUGUUCAGCAUUCAGCCACUUCUUCAGUCAGAGGACCCAGCAAAUAUAGGCUUUCCUACGGGAGGUGUUGGAUGGGUUGUUAAUCCCGAAGACCACAACCGUCUAAUGCCACUGGGAUGCCCCGGUGAGUUGGUUAUUGAAGGCCUGAUUGUUGGAAACGGGUACCUGUCAAAUUCCCAACAAACAUCCAAGGUCUUCAUUGAUGCUCCACCGUGGCGACGACAACUUGGAGAUGCACCAUCCCGCCAGCUAUAUAAAACUGGCGACUUAGUACAACACACAGGGGAUGGCAGCUUCCGGUAUCUGGGACGAAAGGAUACUCAGGUGAAGCUGCACGGUCAACGGUUGGAGUUGGCGGAUAUAGAGCAUCAUCUCUGUCAUGCAUUUCCCCUAGCAGAACAGGCUGUCGCUGAGAUGCUGCGGUCAUCUAGCGAUGAUGGCCGCCCGGAUGCUCUCCUUGUUGCGUUCAUUUGUUUCGCUUCGUCAUCGCCUUCAGGGGAUGAUGGGCUUGAGAAGCCUCUAUUCUUGCCUCCAAAUGCUGAAUUUCGCGGAGCAUGCUCCAUGGCUGAGUCUCGCCUAUCAGAGUCCCUGCCGUCUUUCAUGGUUCCGGCCAUCUUUUUCCCAAUAUCCCACGUUCCUUUGACUCCAUCUGGGAAAACUGAUCGACGCUAUUUCCGCGAAAAGGCAGCGUUGCUAUCUUGGGAGCAAAUGCAGGAGUACCGUGCGGCACAGAUCAAGCCACAGUCUCCUUCAGGAGCGCGCGAAGAGCAGUUACAGCAGAUCUGGGCGCAAACUCUAAACAGGCCGAUCAACCAGAUUGGAGUGAAUGAAAGUUUUUUCCGGCUAGGAGGCGACUCGGUCAGUGCCAUGCAGGUGGCUGCCAGUUGUCAAGCUGCUGGUCUUAAUGUAAUGGUCUCCGACAUAUUCCGCUUCCCCAGCAUCAGCAAGCUGGCCCAGAAGAUCCAGGAAUCCAACGAACCGCAAACAAAAAGUAAGCAUUUGGCGGAGGAUGCAACGGAGAGCUGGUUUGGUCUGUCUCCCAUCCAACAGCUCUUCUUCGAGCAUGUCCCAGAUGGACAUCACAGAUUCACGCAAGAGUUUUUGCUCCGUGUCACAAAGCCGACCCCAGCUUCCAAGAUCAAGCAAGCUGUUGAGGAUCUGACAACUCGGCAUUCAAUGCUUCGGGCUCGUUUCAAGCAAAGUGAUGAUGGCGACUGGGAACAGAUUGUAGGAAAAAAGGCGACCAAUAACUUCCAGUACCGUGAGCACCAGUUAUCUUCUAUCAAAGAACAUACAACCCUACAAUUGAUCUUUGGUGACAGCCAGAGCAGACUUAACAUCGAAGACGGGCCAAUGCUUGUCGUUGACCUCAUCGAAACAGAGACACAUGAGCAGUACCUGGGCUUGAUGGCGCAUCAUCUGGUCAUUGAUUUGGUCUCUUGGCGGGUCCUGCUCCAGGACCUUGAAGAUAUUCUUACUACAGGGUCUCCUCUACAACCAGCUUCUGUGUCGUUCCAAAAGUGGUGCCACUUGCAACAAGCAUACACAGAGGAGUCCCUUGAUCCCGAAACAGCCCUAUCUACAGAUAUUCCAGCUGCUCCUCUUCGCUACUGGGGACCACCAGCCAAAUUAGCCAACAACAGAUGGGCAGACACGGCCGAGCAGUCCAUCCGACUAUCCCAAGAAGUAACACAGUCAGUCCUUGGUGCUGCCAAUGACGCUUUUCACACUCGUCCUGUCGAAAUCAUCCAAGCUGCCAUUCUGUAUGCGUUUGUUCAAGUAUUUGACAACAGACCUGCGCCGGCUAUCUUCAGUGAAGGUCAUGGACGGGAGCCAUGGGAUCCAGCAAUUGAAAUUUCUCGGACCGUAGGUUGGUUCACCACAAUCGCACCGGUCUUUGUGAGGGCAAAGAAAGGGCAAGACUUUACGGAGCUUCUCCAGCUGACCAAGGACGGCCGCCGAGCCAUCCCACGCAAUGGUUGGGCCUAUUUUGCCUCGCGGUAUCUUCACCCCGAAGGCAUGAACUACUGCGCAGCCCAUUCGCCAAUGGAGAUCCUAUUCAACUACACCGGUUUGUUUCAACAGCUUGAGCGACCUGGUGCUCUUCUUCAGUUGCAGUCUAUCCCCGACCAGGCAUUGGUUCCGAUGCCUGCGGACUUGCCGCGCUUUGCCCUCAUCGAUGUGACAGCAUCAGUGACAGAUGGAUGCCUAAAUAUUGCAUUCGUCUACAACAAACAUAUGAAAAAUCAAGAGCGACUUCAUCAAUGGGUCCAGUCAUGUCAAGGAAUUCUUCGAGAAGUGCCUGAGAUAUUGCAGCAGGGACAGAGACUUACAGUAUCGGAUUUCCCGUUGUUGCCGAAUACGACCAAUGAACAGCUCCAGGAGCUACUGCAUCAAAUCUCCCAUCAGUUUGAUAUAUCCUUAUCCAAUAUCGAAGAUAUAUAUCCUUGCUCCCAUAUUCAACUCGGUAUGUGGUUAAGCCACGCGAAAAACCCGCAGAUGUAUUGGUCGCAUAUCAGGUGGAUUGUGCACCGCUCAUCCAGCGAGUCUCCGCUCAUCGAAAUUUCGAGGAUCAAAGGGGCCUGGCAACAAGUGGUUGAUCGCCACCCCAUUUUACGCACCGUGUUUACUGAAAGGGCUGGCGAGCAUAGCUUGCAAGUUGUGUUCAAGUCGUCUCCAGGAAACAUCGAGGUUGUUUCACAGGACGAGGCAUCAUUGAGAGAUGAUGAGACUUUAUCACCUUCUUCCUAUCAGUCAUUAUUGAAUCAGAGUCAUUUAAGCCAGGAGGGACAGACACCUCAUAAGCUCAAACUCACAAUUCAACGUGGUGGUGAUGUUUUCUGCGAACUGAGCAUCCAUCACAUGCUUGUUGACGGCGUGACCUGGCAAAUCUUCCUAUCUGACUUCCACCGUGCGUAUCAUGGGCAGCUGGAGAGUGAGCCGACAGGCGCAUACAGCACAUACCUUCGAUACCUGCAGACCCAUCAUCUAACGGGAUCAGAGAUGUACUGGAAGCAGUAUUUGGAUGGCGCCAAUGCGUGUAUUUUUCCUUCACUGGUGACCAAGAGCCCCAGAACCGAGCCAUCUGCGCUGAAUCUGGUACCUUUCAGCUUCGAAAUUGCACGCCGCCUUCAAUCUUUCUCUCAACACCAUGGCAUCACCAUUUCUAGCCUGUUACAAGUAGCGUGGGGUGUUGUACUCCGCGUCUAUACGGGGUCAGACUCGGUGUGCUUCGGGUAUUUGAAUUCCUGCCGCGAUAUCCCCGUGCCCAACGCACGCAAGAUGUCUGGACCAUUGAUCAAUCUGCUCAUCUGCCGACUGUCCUUGACUGGGGAUGCAUCAGUGUUGAAGACGCUAUUAGAAAACCAGGACGCACACGCUCGGAAUCUCGAACACCAGCAUUGCUCUUUAGCGGAAGUCAUGCAUUCCCUGAACCUCGCGUGCCAGCCACUAUUCAACACCGCCAUGUCCCUGCAGAGGGAGGCUACGGAGCUGAUGCCUAGUGAUUAUCCGUCAGAGAUCAAUCUUGAAGGGCCUCUUGGGAUUGACUCCACUGAGUAUGACUUAACGGUCAAUAUCAUCGUCGGCGAUAAAACGAUCAGUGGAGACCUCACUUACUGGUCCCACGUUGUGACCGAUGCACAGGCGGAGUUGGUGUCCGAUACCUUCUUCCAUAUUCUAUCGCAACUCAUUGAUUCUUCCAAUGCUCACAUAAGCCAGCUAGAUCCGCUGGGUCCAAUGAGCCGUGACCGGCUGCUUCAACGGAAUCAGUUCGUGCCACAGGCCGCGCGAACCUGUAUUCAUACCGACAUCCAGCAGUAUAGCCGUGCUCACAUUACAGCAUCUGCAGUUUGUGACACAGAUGGCGACAUGACAUACGGGCAGCUUGACGAGGCCUCCUCUAUUCUGGCCCAGAAUCUCGGAGAAAACGGAGUGGGUCCUGACGUGUUCGUGCCUGUGUGCUGCGAGAAGUCCCGCUGGGUCGUGGUGGCCGUUCUGGCCGUCCUGAAGGCUGGUGGAGCCUUCAUCUUGCUGGACCCAUCACAUCCAGCCGAGAGAUUACAAGAGAUGGUGAAUCAAGAUUUCCUGUGUCCUGUCAUCCUCGCAUCCACGAAGCAUGUGGAUUUGGCAGCCAGCAUUGUUCCGAGGGUCAUUCACAUCGAGACUGAUACCUCAAAAUGCACUGCAGGUAAUGAGGUAGCGGGGCUUCCAGCAGUAACCCCAAGGGCUGCAGCCUAUGCGGUGUUUACCUCUGGUUCUACGGGAAAGCCUAAAGCAAGCGUUAUUGAGCACCAGGCAUUCCGCUCCGCAGCAGAGGCUCACUCUCGGGCUUUAAGACUGCGGGAAGGCUCCCGUGUCCUUCAAUUUGCCUCGUAUGCGUUUGAUGCGAGUAUCGUGGAGAUCCUAACAACGCUUCUUGUGGGCGGGUGUAUCUGCAUCCCCGAUGAGAUUGACAGAGCUCGGAGGCUAUCUGAAGUAAUUCAAGAUAUGCGAGUGACAUGGGCGUUACUCACACCUUCUGUAGCUCGUAUUCUCAAACCCGGACAGGUUUCAACUCUAGAAACUCUCGUUCUUGGCGGUGAGGGCAUGAGUGAAAAUGAUGUGCGCUUGUGGUCACCCCAUGUUCAUUUGAUGAACGCUUAUGGCCCCUCUGAGUGCUCUGUCGUCGCCACAGUCCAACCGUCUCCUCAAUGCCUUUUGAAGGACCCGGCAAACAUUGGAUUCCCGGUCGGAUGUCUCGCCUGGGUGGUCGAUACCCAAGCACCGGAAAAGCCCAUGCCCAUUGGAGCGGUGGGAGAACUCCUCAUCGAGGGACCCAUCGUCGGGCGCGGUUAUGUCAAUAGGCCGGAUCACACGAAAGCUGUUUUCCUCCCUUAUCCUCCAUGGCUGCAUCACAUCCGUGGGACUGAGCAGGGUAGUCUCUAUAGAACGGGCGACCGGGCCCGGAUUCUCGAGGAUGGAUCUAUCCACUAUUUGGGACGGAAAGAUAGACAGGUCAAGUUGCACGGCCAGCGCAUUGAACUGGGCGAAAUCGAGCAUCAGAUCCGACAGUGCUGGCCCGAAUGUGAUCCACUGGUCUUCGCGGAUCUUGUCAAGCCUCUCAAUUCUACCAACACAUAUCUAGUUGCCUCGAUUGUCUAUCUUGACCAGAACGUCAAAGACCGCGCGUUUGAAGCUGCAGUACAGGAGACUGAACUGAGGCUUCAAGGCAGGGUUCCGGCGUUUCUUAUUCCCUAUGCAUUCCUGCCCAUUGCUGGAGUGCCACGACUGCCUAACGGAAAGGUGAAUCGGCGCCGGCUGUGCGAUGAAGCGUCGCGUGGCCUUCAGGUACGGAUGGACCAAUCCGAGGGCAGUCCAAAGACAAGACAGCGCAGGGAGGCCACCAAAGACGAGCAACUGUUACAGCAGCUGUGGGCACAGAUACUCCAUCGUGAAGUUGAUAGCAUCGGUCCGGAUGACAACUUCUUCCGAUUGGGCGGAGACUCUAUUCUUGUCAUGAAACUAGCGUCUGCGGCUGCCACUCAAGGGCUUAAACUUUCUGUGCCAGACGUAUUCCUGCAUCCUAGAUUGAAGGAUCUCGCACGACUUCAUGUCUGCCAACAGACAAAACCACCGGAAACCGAAGCACGAGAAACGAUACACGAAGAAGAUGCCAUUUCUCCGUUAUCAUUGCUAGCUUCAGCCCAGCGAGAGACUGCUAAGAGAGAGACGAUGAGUCAAUGUGAUGUUACAGCAGAGCAAAUUGAGGACAUUUAUCCUUGCACAGCAUUGCAAGCUGGUCUGGCUGCGUUAACGGCAGAAAGACCGGGCUCCUAUAUUGCACAUCACUACUUCAAACUGGCUGCAAAUGUCAAUCUGGAUAGGCUGAAGACAGCCUGGGAAAGGGUUUCUUCUCAGAUCAGCAUUCUUCGCACGCGUCUUGUUCAAACCGAGUUUGGGUGUCUGCAAGCGAUAAUCCGCGACUGCGAACUCAGUUGGAAAGUUGCUGCUGGUGGCCAAAACAAAGAUCAAGGACCGACCUGGGAGAUGCUUUUUGGCCAACCGCUCAUCCAUUUUGAGAUCGAUGUGAAGCCAGAACACAUUGAACUGAGCAUAACCGUGCAUCAUGCGGUUUACGAUGCCUGGUCGCUGCCUCUCCUCCUCCAGUGGGCACAGCUGGUCUACGACGACCUUGAAUCACCAAAAUUGCGCUGUGCUCCAUUUCAGAGAUUUAUCCAAUACACCAUGAGCCAAAAGGAAGAAUCUCUUCAAUACUGGCAUGAUAAACUUAGCGGCUUUGAUGCCGACCCAUUCCCUUCCAUUCCCUUCCCAUCGUAUCGACCCCAGGCGUCGAAAAAGGUCCAGCGUACCAUUACGACUGGCCCGGUGAUGGAUGGACUGGUCAGUCGUACUACAGCGAGCCGACUAGCAUGGGCUCUGGUACAAUCACAGUAUCAAAGCAGCGACACUGUUGUUUUUGGGGUCGUCUCAUCUGGUCGUUCAGCGCCGGUCCGUGGCAUCGAGUUGAUGGCUGGCCCCACGAUUGCCACGAUACCCUUGUCUGUUUCGGUGGAUAACAACGUGACAGUGUCACAGGCUCUUAUAGAUCUACAAGAACAGAUGCUGCAACUCAUCCCAUACGAGCAAGUCGGAUUGUCUCAAAUCGCUUCGGUCGGGCCGGGAGCAAUUCAAGCAUGCUCGUUUCAGACCCUCCUGAUUGAGGGAAGAGAUGAGGCCCACGACGAGCCAUUGGGCAUUGCCCAGCCUCUUAAAUCCUCCUCCGGGGAGGAUGCGGCAAAUACAUAUGUUUUGGAACUGACCAUUAUCCUCGGCCCUGAUGAUACCACUGUGGAGGCGGCCUUUGAUGAAACAGUUCUACCAGAAUGGCAAAUCAAGCGGAUUCUGGACCAAUUUGGUCACGUUCUACAGCGUGUCCACAAAGAGCCACAGCGUUUAGUGAAGGAAAUCUCGACGGUCAACCCAAGAGACCUCCAUGACCUGAAGACAUGGAAUAGAGAAAUUCCUAAUCUGGACUCUCGAACAGUGAUUGAAGUCAUUCAAGGUCACUGUGCUUUCCAGCCAUCGGCGCCAGCUGUCUGCGCCUGGGAUGGCAACUUAUCCUACGGGGAGUUAGAUACCCGAUCUGAUACCCUGGCAAGGGCAGUUUGCUCUUGGGGAGUUGGACCAGACAUGUUCAUUCCGAUCUAUCUUGAUAGGUCACGCUGGACCGCUGUUGCGGUUUUGGCCAUUCUCAAGGCUGGUGCGGCCUUUGUACUGCUCGACACGUUCCAUCCUCACGGACGACUGCGCACUAUUUGCGAGGAACUGCAGGCACCUAUCAUAAUUACCUCCAUCAACCACCAAGCUGCAGCGCAAUCGCUGGUGUCAAACACCGUAGUGGUGACGGCAGGUCCUGACGCUGGAAGCUCAAGCGAAAUCAGAAGCCCUCCUGCCAACCCGCACCGGGCUCUCUACGCUGUUUUUACAUCCGGCUCUACCGGAAAACCAAAAGCAGCUGUCGUUGAGAAUGGGUCCUUUGCGACAAUGGCCAUCCCGUAUGCUCGGGAAAUGAGGCUUAACAGGAAGUCUCGCAUGCUCCAUUUUGCAUCUUAUGCUUUCGACGUCAGCAUCCUUGAGAUUCUUGGGACGCUGUUCAUUGGAAGUUGUGUCUGCGUCUUGUCAGAAUCUGAACGGACAGAUCACCUGGCUCGGGCUGUCACAAACUUGCAGCCAUCUCAUGCGAUAUUAACACCGUCUGUACUGCGGGUAGUGACCCAGGCGGAUUUGAGCUCAGUGCAUACCAUCAUGCUGAUAGGAGAGCCAGUCCGAGAAAGUGACAUCCGGCAGUGGGCCGAUAAAGUGCACCUUUUGAACACAUAUGGGCCUGCCGAGUGUACAGUGGUCUUCACAAUGAAACCGUCUCUUAAUCUCAACGGUGAGGCUGCCAACAUUGGGGUCUCCAUCGCAGGGGCAACAUGGGUAACCGAUCCCAGAGACCCUCAGCGAUUACUUCCUAUCGGCGCUGUGGGUGAGCUUCUUCUGCAAGGACCACUAGUUGGCCGCGGAUACCUGAAUAAUACACAGCAAACCGAUGCUUCGUUUAUUCCCUGCCCACCCUGGAUGCGGGAACAACUGUGGUUGGCAGAUGACAGGGAUACCAGCAAACGUGUGUACCGUACAGGUGAUCUAGUUCGGUACGACAUAGAUGGAUCGCUCUGCUUUGUAGGAAGAAGAGACUACCAGGUCAAGCUUCGUGGACAACGGUUUGAACUUGGCGAAGUGGAAUCUCAGGUGCAGCACAAUUUCCCUGCAGAUAUUGAAGACGUGGUGGCCCAUAUUAUCACCCCGGCAGGCGCAGUGAAGAAUCCGUGCCUGGCAGUGUUCAUCGCGCUUAAAGGUAAUCCUGGCUCACUGGGGCCUACUCCUUCCUCGCUGUUACCAUCAUUGGAUGUCGUGAUACCGACGGCAUUUGGGGAGAUGGUCAACGCUGUCAAGAGACGACUCGAAGAUGUUCUGCCAGAGUACAUGAUACCAACUAUCUUUGUACCGUUCGAACACCUGCCUCGGACCACUGGCGGGAAGCUAGACAGGUCGCGACUGCGUGACUCCGUCGCAAAGGUAUCGCGGCGAGACUUGGAUUCCAUGUUCAUGCCGAAGACUUCAGAUAAGAGACGAAACACCGCAACCACCACAGAGAGCACCUUGCAGAAAAUCUGGGCACAAGCACUGGGGAUCGUUGCCGAACAAAUCGGUGUGGAGGAUAGCUUCUUCCGUCUCGGCGGGGAUUCUAUUUCAGCUCUCCAGGCCACGUCUCAAGCACGCGCCGUCGGUAUUGCCCAUUCAGUUGGAGAUCUAUUCCAGUGGAGGACAAUUCUACAGGUUGCCAAGCGGUUCGCACCAUCGCAUGAGUUGCAUGUGCAGCAAAGAGAUCCCAAUGUGGCGGGCGUAAUGCCCUGUACUCCGGCACAACGGGGCAUCCUGCUGAAUCAGAUGCAAUUUGAACACAAAUAUGCCGCCCACUUCAUCUGGCAAGUUAAUACAAGGGGUGAAAUUGUGGAUGUAGACCGCCUUGUGAAGGCAUGGAAGGCGGUCGUCUCCCGACAUUCAGCCCUGAGAGUCACGUUUCAGCCAAGCGCGAGCGAUGAUGGUCAGUUCGAGCAGGCUCUGCUUCAUGAAAUUGACACACCUGUGCUCAUAAUACGCGGUGAAAAUUGCCAUGAUGGCUUUGCUGAUGAUUCCAUGCUGCCCGACGCCCUCAUUGAUCCCUCUGCAAAUAUAGGGUGGCGCAACGACGGCCAGUCCAUACCGCAUCAACUCACCGUUCAUUCCGACUCCUCUGGAGGCGUCUUUUGCCGACUAGACAUCAAUCACGCCAUCUUGGACGGCAUGUCCUUAGCCAUUAUAGAGCUCGAUCUUUGCCAUGCCUAUGAUGCGCCACUGUCAAAAAUGCCCCAGCCAGAUCCAUAUCGGGAAUACAUCAACUUUGUUCAGAGGGAACCGCACGAUGAAGCUCGCAAGUACUGGGAGUCGUAUUUGAAGGAUAUUGAACCAUUGGCCCUUCCACGAGCACGCGUACCUGAGACCGCCUCCGAGUCCUCCGCGGAUGUCAUGAAACGGUUGGAGCUAUCGCUGACCUUCCGUGGAGAGGAUAUCGAGUCAUUCUGUCGCUCAACUGACUGGACCCCAUCCAAUCUUGUUUAUUUUGCCUGGGCCCUGGCACUAUCAGCCUUAACAGGCUCUCAAGAUGUGUGCUUUGCGAUUUCAACAUCAGGGAGGUUGAUUCCUGUCCCUCACAUUGACCGCGCCGUUGGCCAAUUUUCAAACAUGUCGAUAUGUCGUGCACGCAUGGCAUCUGACCUUCUACUCAACGACGUUGCUCUUCAUAUGCAGCAGGAUUACUCCCAAAUUCUAUCUUACCAGUCUUUCCCAUUGGUAGAGAUUGCGCGAGCCGCUGGAGUUCCCAUAGAGGCAUUGGCCUCUACUGGUGUCAUAGUUCACUACCCGUUGCCAGCGGGUAUGGCGACGCCCCUCGAGACGGCCUCACUCCAACUGACGCAGCGGCGAGUAUUGGACCCAGGUAUUCACGAGAUUGCUCUGUAUGUGGUGUUCGAAGACGACGGCCAGACCCGAGCAGCUCUAACAUACCAUUCAUCGCGUGUAUCACCCUCUUUGGCCACCCAGCUGGCCGACUACUUUGAUCUUGCAGUCUCAAGGAUUCUUCAGCACCCGGAUUCUUCACUCGGCGACUUGGUGCUUCUAAGCGACCAUGAUCAACAACGCCUACGUUCCUGGAAUGGUGCAUUGCCAAGUCCUGUGCCGUUUGGGAUUCACGAAAUAAUCGAAGAACGCACGAAAAAACAGCCAACUCAUCAAGCAGUCUCCAGCUGGGAUGGUGAAUUCACUUACAGCGAGCUCGAUCAGCUGGCGUCACAGCUAGCUGAAAAACUGCAGAAAACAGGAAUUCAUGCCGCUCAACCUAUCCCUCUCUGCUUUGAAAAGUCUUGCUGGACAAUAGUGGCUAUUCUUGCGGUCAUGAAGGCUGGUGGAACCUUUGUGCCUCUUGAUGCAAUGCAGCCGAUGGGGAGACUUCAGGACCUUUGCCGUCGCCUGAAGGUGAACCUCAUCAUAUCGUCUACCGCCCAAGUAGGACUAAGCCGGCUUCUUGCCGAUCAAGUUAUUCAGGUCGGCAGUAACAUGACCCUUGAUCACCACGAUCGCCACUAUGCUCAAUCCCAUGUCAGCCACCCUACCAACCCUGAACAGGCAGCAUACAUACUCUUUACAUCGGGCAGCACAGGUGCACCCAAAGGAGUCAUGGUAUCGCACUCGUCGUAUACCUUUUCAGCCGACCAACAAAUUCAAGCGUUCUCUCUGAAUCCUUCUUCCCGAGUCUUACAAGCAUCAUCUUACGCAUUCGAUGUGUCUGUGGCGGAAAUUCUCACUACUUUGAUAGCGGGAGCCACAGUCUGCGUAGUUUCUGAUUUGGAGCAGAAUAAGAUGAUGAUGACUGGGGUUUGUCCUGUUCCGGUUUCACAUGCAAUGCUAACUCCAUCACUGGCCAGCGAGCCUGUGUCAUCCUCUCACACCAGCGAAUGGGGAAAGGCUGUCACUUUGAUAAACAGCUAUGGGCCAACAGAAUGUGCAGUUUACAGCACAGCAACAUCGGCAGUUCGUCCGGGUGAUGAUCCUCGCAAUAUUGGGCGGCCUUUAGGGGUCCACGCUUGGGUCGUUGAUAAGGAUGACAAAAACCGGCUACUUCCUCUAGGCGCUGUCGGAGAGUUAGUUCUCGCUGGGCCAGCGGUAGGCCUAGGCUACUUGGAUGAACCGGAAAAGACAACCGAAGCCUUUAUGCAAGGCCAACCACCAGUUUGGCUACGAGGUAUGUAUUCGGAGCAAGAAUUAAAGCAAUUGCGGCUUUAUAAGACUGGGGACCUUGUCCGGUAUGAAAUAUUUGAUGGUUCUCUACGGUUUGAGGACCGGAAAGAUCGACAAAUUAAGGUACGGGGGCAGCGUGUUGAGCUGGAGGAUAUUGAACAUCACGUACGGCGGUUCUUCUCUGGGGCAAGCGAGAUUGUGAUCGAGCAGGUGAUGCUCUUGGAAGAGUCAUAUUCAGACACGCCAACAACCUCACCGACCGUAGCGAUUCCACGCCUGGUUGCGUGCAUAUAUGAUGGAUAUGAGGACAACACAUGCACAGAACAGGAUCUUCUCCACGUUCCAAGCGACACUUUUUCUUCUACCGCUGCGAAUGCUCUUCGGCAUCUUCGAGACGAUCUGCCGGGUUACAUGAUUCCGGACUUCUUUGUCUCUGUCGCCCAGCUGCCGCGAACGGUAUCAGGAAAGACGGACAAACACCAGCUAAGCAAGGCCAUUCAGGAAAUCCCACCUCUUGAAUUGCGAGCAUAUUUUGCUGCACAAAGAAACAAGAAGCCUUUGGAGAGCGAGACGGCUGUGAGGUUACACGCCAUCCUCACUGGAUUGCUUGAUAUAGCUCCAGAGACAGUCGGUGCAGAUGACAGUUUUUUCCAUCUAGGAGGAGACUCAAUUCUCGCGAUGAAAAUUGCUGCUAAUGCCCGUGCACAAGAAAUGGAGAUCAGUUCGCACGAUGUCCUCCGACAUCCAACAAUAGCGGAGUGGGCCGCCAUUGUCGAUGCGCAGCAGGCGGACGCAUUCCCCUCCCAACAGAAUGUUCCAUACUCAGCGGUCACUGAGGCUGAACGUGCAGCCAUUCUCUCCACGACAGCAAACAAAGACCAUUCUUUCGUAUCAGAAAAUGUGGUCGAUAUCCUGCCGGCCGUUGGUUUCCAGUCCUACUAUGUUACCCACUCAUCGCCAGUCUCCACCGCCCAGGUUUUCCCAACGGGCGUGGACAUUGACCGGCUCCGUAUGGCUUGCAAAAGACUCAUGUCGCACUAUAGCAUUUUACGAACAGUCUUUGUGGAAAUCGACUCCCGGAUUUUCCAAGUCAUUCUCCAAGAGGUUGAGCCGGUCUUCGAUGUCGUCGAAUGUGAAGAUCCCGAGGCAUACAUUACCCAAGAGUCCCAGCGAAAGAUUUCUCCGUCUCUGCCCCGAGGAUCGUUGCCUAUGAGCUUCACCGUUGUGACUAGCCCCAAUGGACCGGGUUGCAUCUUCAUCCUUCGGAUAUCGCACGCCCAAUAUGAUGGUGCCUCGUUGCACUUGCUGUGGCAGGCCCUAGCGGCCGCGUACGAAGGAAACACUCUUCCGAAAGCUGUGCAGUUCAGCGAAGUGGUUUAUAAUCGACUCAAUGAUACAAAUGAUGAAGCAUUCUCGUUUUGGCGCAAGUAUCUCCAAAACGCUUCCGCCGCCACUCUCGACUUCUUACGUGUUACCUCAACCCCUGCAUCGCAGCAGAAUGACAGCACAGCAGUUACCAGUGCAAGACGAGAGAUCACAAGAUCCUGUUUCAUUUCUGAGAUCACAUCCUCUACUCUGGUGAAAGCAGCACUGAUAUGGAAAUUGUCAUCUGGCGGUCUAAAUCGCGAUGUUAUUUUCGGUCAGGUCGUUCACGGACGUGGUUGUCCCAUCCCAAAUGUGGACAAGGCUCUUGGGCCUUGCAUCAAUCUCCUACCACUGCGUGUCGUCAUGAGCCUCGAGUGGACUAUCAUGGAUCUUCUGCGGCAUACACAAGUCCAGCAGUUGGAAACACUCUCCUACGACUAUCUCUCAUUUGAAGACAUUGUGCGGAAAUGCACUGAUUGGCCGAGCAACUCCAAGUUUGGCUGUAUUGUCCACCAUCAAGAAGCCGAUGGUGGAGGAUCCUUCGAGAUGGGCGGUAUUCGUGCUUCUUCCAGCUCCAGCUGGGCGAAUUCAAAACUUGAGCAAGGCCAGGUCGGUAUUGUAUCAAUGAAACGGGGAAUGGGCCUCGAUCUUAUGAUCACGGCGACCGGUGACACACUGGAACAGUCGAAAGCGGAGCUGUUGGCAGAUGAACUUGUCGAGGCUAUCCAAUGGUUCUCCGAAUUUCCGGACCGCCCUCUUUCAGAGCUAGCACAGGAAACAAAAUUGUUUGGGGGGAGCUAA